CCGCCGCGCGAGCCGCAGAGGAGAGAGAGCCACCGAGCGAGCGGCGCGAGCAAAAGGGACCCUGGGACAUUACUGACUCCGCGCGCACAGGACGCAGGACGCACCGGAUCCGCACGCGCUCCCCGCACAGCUUGGCUUCUGUUUGUUUGUUUGUUUGUUGUUGUUGACGCGGGAACACGGGACAGUAAGGCGUGUGAAAUGCAGUCGGUGUACCGGCAUCUGUUCAGCGUGCUGUUUGUGUUCAGCAGCCUGCACGUGAACCGGCUGACCGAGGGCUGCUCGUGCGCCCUGACGCACCCGCAGGACGCCUACUGCAACUCGGACAUCGUGAUUCGGGCGAAGGUGGUGGGUAAGAAGCUCCUGAAGGACGGGCCGUUCGGGACGAUGCGCUACACCGUCAAACAGAUGAAGAUGUACAAAGGAUUCAACAAAAUGCAGCACGUGCAGCACAUCUACACGGACGCCUCGGAGAGCCUCUGCGGCGUCAAGUUCGACAUCAACAAGUACCAGUACCUGAUCACAGGCCGCGUGUUCGACGGCAAAGUCUACACCGGGCUGUGCAACUUCAACGAGCGGUGGGAGCGCCUCUCGCUCGCCCAGAAGAAAGGCAUCAACCACCGCUACCAGCUGGGCUGCAGCUGCAGGAUUAAGCCCUGCCACUACCUGCCCUGCUUCGUCAACUCAAAGAACGAGUGCCUGUGGACGGACAUGCUGUCCCACUUCGGCUAUCCCGGCUACCAGUCCCGGCACUACGCCUGCAUCCAGCAGAAGGAGGGCUACUGCAGCUGGUACCGGGGCAUGACGGCCCGCGACAAAACCACCAUAAACGCCACCGACCCCUGAACCGAACGCACCCCGCCCGAUCCGACUGCCCCCCCGCCACUGACACCCUGCCGUCCCGACUCCCCGCCGUCCCCGAUCACUUCUAGAGUAUUACAGGACUCUUAAAAAAAAAAAAAACUCACCGGCCUGGGUGACCGCUCCUUUUAAAGGGGCAAGAAAAAGAAAAGAAUAUAUAUAUAUAUAUAAAAAUAUAUAUUAACAGUGCCUGUUUCGUAGCACUUCUAUUAAAAAAAAAGAAAAAAAAAAAGAACGAGACCUUUUCUUUGUUGUACAGAUCGCCUCAAAGUCUCGGUUUGACUCUCCAUCAGCUUUCCCCUGCGCUGCGAAUCAGGCGCACCGAUAUGUUCCUGUCAGGUUCAGCGGUGUUGAAAAGUCGUUUAAAGGGACAAUAAGUAAUCUGAGACCUUUACAAACCUCUACUGGUGACCAGCAGCAACUGCAACACAGCCAUCUCUCUACCUGUAAUUGACCUGUAAUUGGUAAGCGACCUAAAUUAAAUUAGAACGGAGAUCUGAUAUAAACAUGGUAAUGUAUCACUUACGUGUCAUGAAACUCCUCUCGUUUGUGAGUUUUUGUUCCUAAAAUUGAGUCAAAGCCAGAAAUCACAGCUGCAGGCGAAGAAACUGAUCAGUUACUGCUGUUAAUCAACAACCCACUCAACCCUCUGGUACUCGGAGUCAGUGGAAAAACUCUCACCUAUUGUCCCUUUUUAAAAGUGCAACGGCUUUCAACACCGCUGUAAAUGGUGAAGCAAUGAAAACACAGCCGACAGCAAUCUCUGAAUCGAUCUGAGAUUAAGAGCUCAGAUUACAGUGCAACCCGCAUCGCGCAGUCCUGCACAAUAAUCUCUCGAUAAAGCCAAGAGUCAAGUGCCAACGUGAGGUAUGAUCUCUGAAAGUUUUACCUCUUAUUUCAGCUACAAACAAACAAACAAAAAAAAUGUUCCAAGGGGUUUAUAUCGGUAUUUAAUAAUGGUAUUGUUUCACAGUGAAGUAUAUAUAUAUCUCUACUAUGUUCACAGUCUAUACUGUAACAUGUCUAUUUAUGGAUGGUAGUGUCUCUGCUUCCCUCAGUGUUUGCACUCUAACUCAUUUUGGUCGCCUGCCAUUGAUGAAUAAAGAAGAAAUUAACAAUUAAAGCAUAAAAUUUAUCUUGAUUCACAAAACGACAUAAAAGUGCGUUACGGUGCCGACACGGGGAAUACCUAACCCUUUCUGCAGAGAGAUGGUUAUAUUUUAUUUUAAUUUUGCUGUAUAUAACAUAAGCUACAGAAAUGAACUACCCACUCCGCUGAAACCUCUGUUCUACAUCUAUUUAUCCGUUUUAUUUUGGAUCAGAAAAUAACCGCACGGCGUAUCUGCAAAAAACUGACAAACAAAACAAAAAGAAAACCUUAAAGACAACCAUGACAGCCUGCUCGCCCAGCAUCAGCAUCUCUGAGCUGCUGAAGCGCUCGUUUCAAAGUUCGUCCUGUGUUUGAAUCACACUCUGCAGAUUUUAAGUGACGGUACUUUUUCUUUUUUCUUUUUUUUUCGUCUAAACGAUCAUAUUUCCUCCUCUGGUACUCGUAGAGAGGGUACUUUUGACUUUUUUCACCCAUUCGAUGAAAGUACAAGCAGAGGUUUCAGACAAUGAGGUGUUUUUGUAAGUGUAUAUUCCAUCGUUUUGUAUUUAACUAUUUGAAAUGACAAAAAUAUAAAUAUAUAUAUAUAUAUAUUAUAAAUAUAUGGAAAGUAACAAUAUUGUCUCUAAAUUCUUCGAUUGUUUCCAUCUGGGGCGUUUUUGUUUUUCCAGUGCAGUAUCUUCAGUCCAUUCCGUUAGCGGACUGCGCCUCAGACGGAGCGACGGCCUCAUCAGCCACAACAAGUAAAUUAUCGUUAUCAUUAUUAUUAUUAUUAUUAUUAAUGGGGUUCAACCGAUAUCGCUCUUCAAUGCCUGAUAGCCGAUAACAUUAAGUAUCUCUAAAUUUUAGAGCCAUCAGCUCCUUAAGGCACUUUAAAAUUCAGAAUUAAUUUGCAAAAAUCCUAAUUAAACAACGUAAUACGUAAACUGAACAAAGCAACAAUUUACUACAGGGUUUCCAGACUCCUUCUGCAGCUGUUAAGACAUCACUGCCUGGAUGAUACCUGAUAAUUAAUCAAAGGGCAAUAUCGGCCCCAUACAUCGGUCUAACCCGAACCCCAAACAAUAAUUUUUCAGCAGUGACUUGUACUGAACUUUGCAUGGUUAACUCUAGCAAAAGGCCAAGUCAAUCCACCGUUUUAUUUUUGUCUCGCCUUAAAUGGUCCAGUGUGACUUUACACAGAUCGAUUUCUGUGUUAAAAAAAAAAGAGCUGCAUUGUGUGGAAGUUUUCAGUCCAAAAUGCUACUUUUCCAUUUUGGGAAAAGAAAUGAAACAGAAAAACACAGUCUGAAAUCCAUAAGCCAAUAUUUAUGAAAAGACUGAAAUACUUUACAGGCAAAUGUAUCGAGAUGACUCAUAAUAUAUUUAAUGUUCAUGUCAGCUGUCGGUAUUUUCAUUCUCAAAUCUGAUUCUGCUUUUGCCUAAUAAAAUGAAUUCGUCUUGGCCUUUUAUAGUGAUAUGCAAAGUCUGAAAUGUGCAGAAUUAGUUUUUUUCCGAGUGCAGAAAGUCUUUUCCUUCGCUUCCUGUGUGGCGACGAGGCGGUUCCUCCGGCUGCGGCGUCUCUGCGUCGCGACUCUUGUGGUUCAUGUUUGUGUAAAUAUGCUUAACACAGAAACACCUGGUCAAGUUGAUCCUGAGUGCAUUUAAAAAAAAAAAAAAAAAACUAAAGGAAGCAAAUGACAAAUGGCUGUACAGUCUGUGUGUGUGUACACUGAUUCCUGAAGCUGGGGGUGUGUGUGUGUUUGUUUCCUUGUAGGGGGUUACAGAAAUGUUUGACUUAAUUUCUGUGUUUUAUAUUUUUAUAAUAAAGAUUUAAUGAAAAAUGG